GAAUAUUUGUUUCUACUCCCACUGUCGACAUAAAGUCACGAUGAGUUCCCCGCAUAUGCUCCCAUUUGGGGCAGCCAUGCCGCUCCAUGAUAAACACGCUGUGAGUGUUUCGAUGCCAACAUGGGACUCGAUAUGGAUAUGGAGAGAGCGUCAGUCAUGGGCCAUGGAUGUGCUGCAAUCUUGCUACCCAAGGUUCUAUCUGCACCAGACGGUGCAGAAUCUGACCGACGCUGUAUCUGCGAGACUUUCCCUAUCUGAUCAAACGACAUGUUUGAUAUUCCCUUCCAGUGAUGCCUCUCGAAGACUUAUAGCAACGUUAGCAGCUAAAUACCCAGACCAGUCCUUCUGCUCGGUGCAGUUCUCUUUGCCUGAAUCAAAGGAUAUCGAGGCCCAGUGGCUCGCCUUUUCAGUUGCUAUUCUGCCCCAAAGCUGCUUGUCGUCUGCUAUGGACUUCUGGGCCAUCUUUGGUGAUGGCAUAUCGAGCCGCCAUGCCGAAUGUUCCCUUGUCGCACUCCCAUCGAUGACUUCCCACUCCAACAACACUCGUUUUGAAACAUCGCCAUUUUUGAAGUUUAUUUCCCAAAGAAUACCUCCAGGCAUAGUCGAGAAGAGAUCGAUAAAACAGCUCAUUUCUCACUUUGUCACUUCUGAGAAACCAGACCAUCGCCCAGUCACGACCAAUGAUGUCUUCCUAUAUCCCAAAGGAAUGUGUGCUAUCGCAGCUGUUAUCAGGGCAUUGAUCCCGACAGACAGCACAAACUCCGAAGCAGUACUUUAUGGAUGGCCAUACGCUGAAACCCUCCAUUGCGUUGAAGCAAGCGGGUAUAAUCGGUACACUUGGCUGAGCCAAAGCAAUGAAGAGGAACUGAACAACCUUGAGGCUUCAUUGCAAGCAGGAAAUAAAAUCCGAGUUCUAUUCUGCGAACUGCCUUCCAAUCCGCAGUUGAAAUCUCCCAAUCUCCCUCGUAUCCACGCUUUGGCCAGGCGAUAUGGGUUUAUCAUCGCUUGUGAUGAGACGAUUGCCUCUUUUGUCAAUGUCGAUGUGCUCCCAUAUGCCGAUGUGGUCAUAACCAGUUUGACCAAGAUAUUCAGUGGAGUCUGCAACGUGAUGGGUGGAAGUGUCGUCGUCAACCCGAAUUCCCCUCACUAUCACGAGAUCCAUUCGGCAGUUACUUCCAUCUAUGAAGAUCUCCUCUUCCCUCUCGACGCUAUUGUCCUAGCCAAUAAUGCUACGAACUUUGAACAACGAGUCCAUCAGUCCAAUAGCAAUGCCCUCACCAUGGCCACUCUUCUCGAGGCCCACCCAUUGGUCGAUAAAGUGUACUAUCCCAGCAUGGUCCCAUCGAGGGUAUUCUAUGACCAAGUCAAACGAAGGAAUGGCGGCUACGGGUGUAUGUUUAGUAUCAUAUUCCACGACCCAGACGAUGCGAUUGUCUUUUACGAUACACUCGAUGUAUCCAAGGGUCCUAGCUUGGGAACAGAUUUUACCCUGGCAAUUCCAUAUACUCAACUGGCACACUUGGAUGAGCUGGACUGGGCGGAGAAAAAUGGAUUGGAGAAGCAUAUCGUCCGGAUCAGUGCGGGGGUAGAGAAAGAGAAAGAGCUAGUUGACAGAGUGCAAAGUGCGCUCAGAGAGGUGGAAGGAAAGAGAAAGACAUUCUGUCGAGGGUAACUGUCGUACAGGGAUGUACUUUACAGUUCUGAUACUGAUUCAUCUACAUCAACUAUAUCAUUUCUCUGGGAAUUGGUUCCGCUAUGAAUAAAGAACACAUUUCUCGAUGUAUUGGAAAUGAAACUGCCUUGGCAUUUUCAAAGGUGGUCAACAAUCUUGUUUCUGGCCUAAAAGUUAUCUAGAAUCAGGAGCAUUUCUAGUCCACUCAAUUGGCCGUCCUGGCUGCACCCAG